UUGGUUCUCCGACAAAGUCAAAUAAACAGAGUUCUACUGUACGUGUAAUACUAUACGUGUAUAUCGCUAUACACGUUUAAAAUGUUUGUGUCAAAAUUUCGUUAUUUUAUACUAUUUUUCAUAAAACUCAGGCUGAACUAUCAAAAGUUAUUGAUUUCAUAGAAUGAAUGAACUUCAACUUCCUCAUAAUUGGAUGCUCCAAAACGGAUCCAUUACUGUCGACGAAAAAUGUUUCAUAGAUAGUGAAAUAAACCCGUCGGCAGCAUAAAAAUAUUUUAAACUCGAUUCGUACUCAAUUUUUAGCCACUGUUGCGAAAUAGCAAAACAAUAUGCCUCCACUUUUCAAUAUGAUACAAAGCUUCCUGAUGAAAAAAAAAAAAAGGAAAAAAGGUAUAUUCGUCUUUCUGACCACAUGAAACAACCUUUCGUUUACAAUUAGACCAAUAGGAAAUUAUUAUUCGUUUCUUCGUCCGUUGGCAGAUUGUACUCUUAAUUAAUCAUUCGAAAGAAUGGUCUGUAAUCGCCUUACGAUGGAUUAAUGGAUCUGUCAGCUGUCACGAGGAAAGUUCUUUUUUUAUUACUUUUCUUGUUUCGAUCCAGCUUCGUCGAGCACACGUCUCCUCUAAUUCGUAGUUCUCUCUGAGUACGCAAAACGAUGAAGAACGGUUGGAUAUUUGCGAGCAUCCUGACGACGUUCGUAGUUGUCGUUAAUGGACGAGUUUAUUAUUUGCCGACUCUGGACCAGAAUCGAUACGACGACUUAACUUACCCCGUUCCGAAUGAGCAAUCUUCGCGGGAUUUGGAUCUGAGUUUCUUCGCUGGGGACUCAAGCGAGCCUGACAGUAAGAUACAUCCUGUUAAAAAGGUGUACACGCUUGUCGUGCCGGAAAAGCCGGUCAUGGAAGUGAACAAAGAGGAGCUACCGAUCACGCGUUACAAAUUAGUCGAAGCACCUGUUAAGAGAGUCGGAUCAGAUGAUAUUAUCAUGGUCCCGGAGGUGAACCGCAAAAUGGUGAAAAUCGAUAGGAACAACAAGGGUGAAGUGAUCUUGGAGCUUCGCGUUAUCGCUAAUCACGAUACUGUUUGAGGAAUUUAGCAGGUAUACGAACGAGCGUGAAUACUACACAUAAUGUGAUAAAAAUAAACUGAUAAUUUUAUAAAACUCGAAAGAUUAAAAACUCGAUCGUAAUAUUGAGA